AUGGCGCUGAUACCAGGGUUGUCUCGCUAUGUCUGGGCCAGCAUUCUAUGCUCGAUGGGGGGCUUUCUUUUCGGAAUGGACACCGGCAUCAUCGGCUCCGUGGUAGUAAUGGACCAAUUCAAGCAGAAAUUCGGAUCCUUUUCAUCCAUCGUCCACGGUCUAAUAGUUUCCUCCAUCCUGAUCCCCGCCGCCUUCUCAUCCUUCUUUGGUGGAAAGCUAGCCGACUGGAUCGGACGACCCAAGAGCAUCACAAUCGGUGCUCUCAUCUUCGGCAUCGGAUGUGCGAUCGAGGCGGGCGCAGUGCAUCUGGCCAUGUUCAUCGUUGGCCGUGUCGUCGAGGGACUCGGAGAGGGUCUAUACCUGGGGACCCUUGUAGUAUACAUCUGCGAGAUCUCCCCGCCAAGUCAACGAGGCCCACUAACCACUGGCCCUCAACUCCUCAUCACAAUGGGCCUCGUAGUCGGCUUCUUCACCUGCUACGGAUGCGAGAAGCUGCACUCAUCCAUGGCAUGGCGAACGCCAUUCACCGUCUUGGCUUGCAUUUCCAUUGUCUUCAGUCUAGCUGCUUUCUUAUGGCUGGUUGACUCACCCCGAUGGCUCACGCUUCAUAAUCGCGUCGAGGAUGCCACUCGCGCUUGGGAAUAUCUUCAAGUAAGCGAGGCCGAUCGCGAGGAACUUCUCCAAGAGGAGGAGGAAGUCGACGUUCAUGAAGAGGCCUUGACGCAUCCGUUGGCCCCGACGGGGAGUAUUCUGGCCCCGAAUACCCUCGAUCAGGUGGUUUCGCGGCAUAGUCGGGUCUCUCAUCGGACUAAGCCUAAGGGAAUGGAAGAAGCAACUCUAUUCGAUGCGUUCAAGCCCGAUGUGCGUAAUCGGACUCUGCUGGGCUUGUUCCUCAUGGGAAUGCAGCAGUUGGCUGGGAUUGAUGGAGUGUUAUACUACGCCCCCAUGCUCUUCGAACAAGCCGGCAUGACCUCCUCGCAGGCCAGCUUCCUCGCCUCCGGCGUCUCCGGCAUCGUCAUCUUCGUCGUGACUAUUCCGGCCCUCAUCUACGCCGACUCCUGGGGCCGCCGCAGCAACGUCAUCCUCGGCGGUCUCGGGCUCACGAUAACCAUGUUCGUAAUCGGGUCCCUGUACGCCGCCGACGCAGUCCAUCAUUCGACCGGCGCUGGUCGCUGGGUCGUCAUCGUCGCGAUCCAUCUCUUCGCUGCUAUUUACAGUGUGUCCUGGGGUGUGAGUUGUAAGGUCUACGCGGCGGAGAUCCAGCCCCAGCGGACGAGAGCGAGCGCGACGUGUCUUGCGCAUGGAAGUAACUGGGUGUCGAAUUUCUUUGUUGCGCUGAUUACGCCGGUUCUUUUGGCGAAAAGUAGCUGUGCCGCGUACUUUCUGUUUGGAGGGUGCACGGCGUUGACGAUUGUUGUUUGUGGGUUUUGGAUGCCCGAGACGAAGGGGAGGUCGUUGGAGGAGGUGGAGAGGUGUUUUGUUAGAGGGAAGGAGGAUACAUAA